AUGGGAAACAAUCCAUCAGUCGCAAGUAAGGAUGCUGGCGAUGACGGAUUGAAAGACUCACAUGGUUUGGUGGAUACAGUGAAGGAGCCACCUUCAUUCAAGUUGGUGUUGGAUGAACUCAAGGACAAGACAGUGACCAAUGAGCUACUCGAGUCUCUAUUCAAAAAGUGUUGCUUUAUGGAGGUCGAGAGCUUCUUUGACAAGUAUCCCUCAGAGGACACUCUCAAGUGUCAAUAUGAGACCAGAACAAAGAGUGCUUGGUUCUUCUCUUGCGAGACUUGCACAAUCAAUGAGAAUAGUUGUAUAUGCCCAACAUGCUUCUUCAAUGGACCUCACAUUGACUUGAACCAUCAAUUCACAAUAUAUGAGAGUAACUCUGCUGUUUGUGAUUGUGGCAAUGCAGAGUCGAUCAGACCUUCGGGAUUCUGUUUGGAUCAUAGGAAUGUGGACGAAGCCAACCAGAUCAGACAGUGCAAGAUGGUGCAGCCUGCCGUCCUCAAGGACCUGCAUCUCUUCUUCCGCCACAUCUUUGCCUAUCUGCAGCGUGUGACGACAAUGCCCUCGGACUUUGAGGCCAACAAGACAAACAUUGAGGUGAUCAUCGAGUGGCUGUCGUUCCUGGCGUCGCGCUCCUCCAUCCUGAUUCACAUCAUCUCGGAGGAGGUGUCGUCGCGCACCCUCGAGCCCAACAGCUUCAGCCUGAACAACGCCGUGCCUCUGCCUUUCUCCACCAACGAGAAUCACUCAAUCGAGUCGCACCACUUCCUCUUCUACCUCUUCCGUCGUCUCCACCUGCUCAACUACUUCCUCGACCUGCUCACCCUCUUGAUCGACAAUCACAAGCUGUUCAAGAUCAUCUUCUUUGAGGAGUACCUCAAGAACUACAUCGACAUCUUCACGCCCCGUGAUCCCAACUCCACCGAGAUCAUGUUGCUCAUCGGUUCCUUCUACAUCGAGACCAACUCCAUCCUCGUCCCAUUCUCCACUGGCUUCUCCUCCAGUAACUACAUGGAGUUACUUCUUCAAACACAUAAAUCAUACAUGCCAAUCUUGGAGCCAUUCUACAAGACUGACAAAGUGAUCGAUAGGGAGGUGAUGUUGCAGAGUGAUUUCAAGACAUUCCCCAAGCUCAUAUUGAAUAAGAAGGUGGCACAGUACUUUAUGAACGAUGACAAGAUCAUUCGUUUGUUCUUUGAGUUUGCCACUGGCCUACACAACUUCUUCUCGCCACAGUUUGUCGAUCCAACCAUCACGACCACCUGUUUCCUCGUGCUGUUGGAGCAGAAGCUGAUGCUGACCACCAAGAACCUUCUCUCCACCCUUGACAACGACCCCAAGGUCUCGCAACGUCUAAUCACCGACGCCAUCACCUUUAUCAACAACCUCUACUACCCUCCACUCUAUCCAAGAAAUGAAUUGUUGUUGCCACAUCAAGACUUCUUCCAAAAGUUCAAGUAUAGCGAGAUCCCAGUUCACUUCCCCUUGUACAGAAUGCUGGCCACAGCUGUGCUCCAGUACAACUAUGGCUAUGCUACUGAGUUGAAGGACUUGAAGAUUGAGAGCGUUGUCAACAUGGUCAACUCAAUCCUGUUGUUCAGAGUGUGCUACAUAUCAUAUGACCCAUCGUACGAUCCCAAGGAGAGUCAGAGCAAGUUGCAAAAGUCCACAGACUUCUUCACCGACAUCACCAUGAUGACCGAUCUCUUUGCACUCCAAAUGGGCAUGAUGGCACUUGGUCCCAAGCACUACCUCCACACCUUCUUCAACGUCAUCACCUCUGUGGACAUUUAUAACUCCACAUCAGCGUUGAAUGAUUUGUUCGCAUUGUUGACAUCGACAUUCCAGUUGAGAGCGACUGUCAACCCAACGGACGAUGAGAUUAGACAUCACAUGAUCCAGAUCGUGGCUGCCGGCUACUUUGCAUUGGAGUCGUAUAAGAACUAUGAGUUCAUCUUUAAGGAUGUGUCAGAGGAGAGGAUGGAAGCCAUCCUCAACCAGAUCUCUGUCAAGAAGGACAAGGCACGCGAGCUCAAGGAUGAGUACUGGAAGGACGUCGAUCUCUACUAUCCCUUCUUCUCGCUCAAGUUCAAGUCGUUCUUGAAGAGCAAGACUGUGGUCAACUACUCGGACUACCAGAAGCGUUUGGGCCUACCCGACGAGUUCCCCGCCGCGCCCAAGCUCACGGUGAUGCGCCCCGAGUUUGCCAAGCUGCACGACAUCUUUGACGAGCCGACCCUGUUCGAGCUGAUAUUUACCGUGUUCCUGGACUUCUUGGAGCACGAGUACAUUGGCUACGACGACGCCUUUGAGCUGCAGCCCGUCAUCCGUCUGCUCCUCAAGAAGGCCGAUAUUGUCGUCAACGACUUCCUCUACAUGAUGUCGCUGGGCAUCAAGUCGUUCAUCGAGCGCAAGGACUCGAUGGAUGCUGCCACCAUCGACUACAUCCACGAGUCGAUCAAGACCUACUUUGAGGCCGAAGACAAGAGCAAGGUCAAGUUUGACCGCACCUUCUCCAUUCUGAACCUGCUGCGCACGUUCAACGUGGAGGUCUCUGCCAACGACAAGAAGCCAUACUCGCUGCUGGACCUGCUGGGCAACGUCUGGAUUACGACCAAGCAGUCGCUCAACCUCGAGAAGAAGACACAUCUGCGCGCGGUCUUCUCCUUCCUGCAGGAGUUUGACCCGCACUUCAAGACCUACUUUGAUGGCAGAUUUAUUGACUUUAACCAAGGCCAGUCGGCCGAGGAGCUCAGCAAGAAGAAGUCCAUCUCGGAGCGUGCCAAGAAGAUCUCGGAGAGGAUGAAGCAGCAGCAGCAGUCCUUCCUCUCAGAGUUGGUCAACUCGGAGAAGGAUGGCUCAGACGACAACAACAACAACGGUAGCAACCUUGCCACAAGCCCAUUGUCCUCAACCCCACCCAGCUCAAGCGCUGGUGCAGAGCUGCUUGACGACAAGACUUCGACGCCACUCACAGACUCACCACUCCUGCCGCCACCCAACCCCAACCUCGGCAAGAUCAAGGAGAUCGUCGAGGAGGACGAGCACGACCACGCUCACGCCGACGCCGACCAAGAGCACAAGGACGACAACUGUAUUGUUUGUCAGACUGGCAAGGCCCAGGAGAUCUUAUACUCUAUCGGAUACAUUGACAUCACCUCCACCGUCCAGCUGCACAACAAGCUCGAAGUUGAGCGCUACCUCAACGACGAGUCGUUGCCCGAUGACUAUGUCAAGUUCCUCGAUGAGUACUACUUCAACGAGAUCAUCCCUGGCUCUCUCCCAUACUUCCCACGCAAGGACGACGACCCAACGCUGUUUGCAUGCUUCCUCUUUUACCGCUCGGGAUCCACCUACGUCACAUCGUGCGCGCACAACAUCCAUCAGACCUGUCUGCGCAAGCUGUUCCCCAACUUUGAGGAAGGCUUUGCAUGCCCUCUGUGCUCGCUGCCAUCAAACAUCAUCAUCCCACAGACAGUGGACAACACGAUCGAGUCGCUCGAGGCCAGAAAGCUGUUCUUCACCAGCUUGUGUCGCUUCGACUUCUUCCUGUUCAACAAGGAGAACAUCACAGUGAUCGAGCGCUACCUAUGGAAGUUUGUACUGCAGAACAUCGAGACACUGGAGCUCAAGUCGCGUAAGACCUCAAUGUACAGCAACGAGCCCUACUUCCUGAUGAAGCAGGUCGAGUUCAACAAGGAGCUGGUCACUCUCAAGAAGCUGUUCCAUGUGAUCAUGGCGUGCAACGUGCCGCCCACUCAAGAGAACCGUCUGCCACUGGAGAACAACUAUGUGUUCCUGAUGGACCCAUUCAUCGCGUCCACCUACCAGGUGUUCCUCUCCAACUGCGAGCCAUUCAACUGCAUUGCCAACGGCUACAUCUACUACAUAUUCUCCAUGAUGCUAGUGCACUUUAUGCGCACACAUCCCAAAGAGACUCUCAACAAGAAGAGUCUGAAGGAGAUGUUUGGCGAGCUCAAGACCAUUACACUGUCGCCCGAGCAGAUCGAGGAGUUCAACGACCAGAUCCACCCAUACCUGAGGAAGAUGUACUUGUUCCGCGAGUUCUACAUCCCUGACAGCACCAGCCAGAUCUCUCUGGAGGACUUCUCCGACUUUACCAAGAUCCGCGACUACCUUGGUGUCAACGCCAUCGACAAGUUCUUGGCCACCAUGGACUUCUCUCAAUUGAUCGAUCACUACGUCACCCUGCAGACCACGCCCAAGGGCUCCAAGUUUGUUGGUAUCUUCCCGCCACCCUCCUCAUUCAAGACUCUUCCCAAGUUCAUUUCGCUCCAAGAGAGGUACAUUGACUUCCUCCGCGACUCACUCGAGAAUGGACACUGCGACAACUGCAAGAGUCUCAAGAAGACCGUCUGUAUGUUCUGUGGACUUGGUUUCUGUUCCACCGAUAACUGCAAGGGCAGUGCAUAUAUUCAUUCAUACCGUUGUCCAAACACUCCACUUGGAAUCUUUAUGUGUAUUGAUACUCCAUUGGUCAAGGUGCUCAAGGAGGAGCAUGGCAAGACUACCAACUUUUUCCCAUUCAGCAUCUAUCUCACUCCGGAUGGAGUCAAGAGCAUGACGCCAGACACGUCACUGACACUGUCACAACGUAAGCUCAUGCAUCUUUACAAACACUUUAUGAACUCCAACAACUCUAGGAAGUUCAAGUGA